UGUUAUUACAGGAUUAUCCAGUUCUUCAUUGGUUUCAUGAUACAUACGGAGUCCUGCUCUAGUCAGAAAGGGUCCGGUCCCAUUCUGCUUUCCUUUUUCCUUCCUAGAAACCUGCCUGUAUUCCUGAACACAACCUGCAAAAAGAUCCCUACCCCCACCCCUGGCAAAGAAGCCUCAGUGGGCUGACCUCAGCCACUAUCUUUUCAUACUGUUGCAGAGUGUUCCUGGAUUUAUGACACGGCUUGUUGAUCUUAAGAAGGCUGUGUGCUGGGCAGGCAUGGAGAACUGGGCUCUGUGGGUGGGAGGGCAGGACUUGGGGGUGGGACCCUGCAGGCUUGGAGCAAGGGCAGUCUCAGUCUGGCUAGAGCCUUCAACCCAAGCUCGAGAUUCUUCAGCAGCUAGUGCUCAGGUAUCCCACCAGGCCCCAAGCUGUGUCCCUCGCCCUGCUUGGGGCAUCAUUCCCUACAGGAUGUUCUCUGCGGCCUCCCAGCCCUUGGACCCCGAUGGGACUGUGUUCCGGCUCCGAUUUACAACCAUGGUCUCUUGGGUCAUCACUUUCCCCUUGUUCGGCUUCUUCUACUGCAUCAUCUGGUCCCUGGUGUUCCAUUUUGAGUACACGGUGGCCACCGACUGUGGGGUACCCAACUAUCUGCCUUCGGUGAGCUCGGCCAUCGGUGGGGAGGUGCCCCAGCGUUAUGUGUGGCGCUUCUGCAUUGGCCUGCACUCUGCACCCCGCUUCAUGGUGGCCUUCGCCUACUGGAACCACUACCUCAGCUGCGCCUCCCCGUGUUCUGGCUACCGCCUGCUCUGCCGCCUCAACUUCAGCCUCAACGUGAUCGAGAACCUCGCACUGCUAGUGCUCACCUAUGUCUCCUCCUCUGAGGACUUCACCAUCCACGAAAAUGCUUUCAUUGUUUUCAUCGCGGCAUCGCUCAGUCACAUGCUCCUCACCUGCAUUCUCUGGAGGCUGAACAAGAAGCACACAGUAAGUCAGGAGGACCGAAAAUCCUACAGCUGGAAACAGAGGCUCUUCAUCAUCAACUUCGUCGCCUUCUUCUCGGCUCUGGCUGUCUACUUUCGCCACAACAUGUAUUGUGAGGCUGGAGUUUACACCAUCUUUGCCAUCCUGGAGUACACCGUUGUUCUAACCAACAUGGCGUUCCACAUGACAGCCUGGUGGGACUUUGGGAACAAAGAGCUGCUCAUAUCCUCUCAGCCUGAAGAAAAGCGAUUCUAAACCCCUCUGCUGCUGCAGGAGCCCACUGUCCAGAAAUAAGAAACAACUCUGGCUUUCCCCAUCUUGUUAUUUCCUCUCUGGGCUCUUUCGAAGCUGGGGGAGGAAGAAGGGCAGAAGGGCACAGGACAAAGCUGACCCCAGCACUGCUGGCUUCUUUUCCUCAACUCUCUGAGGCACAGGGGCCUUCAAGUAACAGCUCCCCUGAGAGGACCCAAGAAGUCUAGCUGGCAGGAGCACACCACCACUUGGUGCUAAAAGGAAAAAAAAAAAAAAAAAAAAAGGUCCCAAGGUUUAUGAUCACCAUGCAGUUUCUGGCCUUUGUACACCCACAUUUCACUGAGGUCAGGGAUGGCUGGGCAGUGUCUUACCUGAAAAUCACAGCUUGCUCUCCAGGUCACUCUCUUGCCUAACUUGUCUGGCAAUCCACUGUGCACCAGGCCUGUGGUCCUAGUCCUCUUGAGAUUGCCCACCUGUGCUAGUCCUGACUUCAGUUCUUUGAACUGGUGUGUGCUCUAGGGUGCGUACCCUUCCCUAUCUGAACCUCAGUGUAUCCAAAUACAUGACGGGGCAGGUGUGCUGAUUUCCAAGGG